AUGAGAACUAGAAUCGAGCCGUAUGCCGUAUGGGAGACAAUAAAUCCUCGUGAGACAACAACAAAUUUUUUGGAUCUUUGUAAAAAGGAAAUUUCAAUGAGAGAGUUUAAAACAGCCGCAGAACAGGAAGAAAGAUCCAGCUUGACAGGAGAUGUCCGAAGGUUGUGA